GUACAAACAGAUGCAGUUAAAACUAAAUUUAGAGUAUGAAAGCAAAGAAUACAAUCAAAUUUAUAAAUAACAUAGAGACAUUCUAAGACCAUGCAUAGUCUGAUUAUGUCAUAAAUUUAAAUAUUGAAUUCAGGUUCAUGUGAUAUCUUAAGUGGAUUCAGAAGCAAUAAUUAACAAUAAUUAUGGGUUCAGUUGUUGGAAAAGUGAUGGAGGAGAAUUUCAAGAAGCAGCAAGAGUUUAUGGAGAAAAGCCAGUCAGAAAUGCUGGAACGACAAAUACAGAUGCAGAAUCAGAUGCGAGAACGACAGGCGGCCAUGAUGAUUGCGAGAUCACGUGACAUGUUCCAAUGGUGGAGUGCGUUCUAUGCAACAUUAGCUGUAAUGGGCAUUGCAGGGUUUGUUAAGAAAAAGAGCCCAGCAGCAUUAGCACCAUUGGUUCCAUUUGGUUUUAUCGUAGGCUAUCAAUAUGAUUUGGCAUACAGUACCAAGAUGCAAAGAUGUAGAGCUGAGGCAGAGAGAGUGAUGGAACAAGAGGGCAGUUAUAUACAACUUCCACACAACCUGCCUACAUUACAGAGUAUAGAUGCUGCAAGACAAAAGGGAAAAUAACAUUUAUCACUUCUAUAACAAAAUUUUAAAAGAUUGAAUGAUGUUUGUAUGUAGAUGUGUCAAGAGUGCUAAACUAGAUGUGUGUAUUUAGAUUUAUCAAAAGUGCUAAUUAACCAUGUCAUUUAGUCUUAAGGAAGUGAAAAGUCUCAUUUACUUUUAGACAAAAUUUAUUUAUAUCACUUUCUAUUAAUGUUAUUGUUUAUAUAUACUGUAUGAUUAAAAAAUAUUCUGGUUAAUAUUUUUAUUAGAUGUAAAUGCCAUGCACAGUUUUUAUACAAAACAUAAAUUAUAAUUCUUUAAAGGUCCAUUACUAAGGGAAAGUGAGUUGGCAAUGUUUUUUCAUAGCCAGUGCAUAGACUUCUGCAAGACACUAAAUAAUGAAGAUUGGCAGGUCAAAAUUUACAGAAGGUCUUUGGAACUCAAAGAAAUGUAUGUGUAUCAUGUUGAAAUUUCAAUGAAUCGACAGAAUGACCCCCCAGGUCUUUUUAACUUUCUUCAUACUUCAUAGAAAAAUAAUUGUACAUAUACUGCGAUUUAUUUCGAAUUUCUACAUACCAACUUUCAUUUUCCAAUAAAAUGAAAUAGUUUCUGUGCUUUUUAAAAGAAAUUAAAAUGUUCACUUUCCUUAGUAUUGGACCUUUAAAAAAUGGUUUCAUGGAGUAUUCAAUGUUUUCAUUAAGAAGCAUAUCUAAUUGAAGUUUAGGGGUAUUUUAGCAUGUUGUUACUUGAAUCAUAUGGUAAUUUCACACAUCUAAAGAAAUUGUGUUGAAGCUUGAUUAAACUUAUUUAAAUGCAAAGGAACUGUGUUGAAUCUAAGAAUCAUGUUGAAGCUUGAUUUUUUAACUUAUUUAAAUGUAAAGGAACUCUGUUGAAUCUAAGAAUCAUGUUGAAGCUUGAUUUAACUUAUUUAAAUGUAAUGGAACUCUGUUGAAUCUAAGAAUCAUGUUGAAGCUUGAUUUUUUAACUUAUUUAAAUGCAAAGGAACUGUGUUGAAUCUAAGAAUCAUGUUGAAGCUUGAUUUAAGUCUUAAGGAGGUAAGGGCACUUUGUGGAAUGCUGUACGUAUAUCUAAGAAUCAUGUUGAUGCUAGAUUUAACUUAUUUAAAUGUAAAGAAAUUUAAUUGAAUCCUGUAUGUAAAUCUAAGAAGUCACUUUCAAGCUUGAUUUAUUCAACAUGCUAGCAUAAAAACCCUGUUGAAUUGUCUUAUAACUCAUAAAAAACAUCUCAAGAAACCGAAGUCAUAUCAACUUCAAAUUAAAUCAUUCUCCUAAAUAUUGGGCGGCACUUCUAUCUUACGUGUUCUAAAAUUUCAUGCAGAUCAUCUUCAUCUGUGCCAAAUAGAAGCAUUGCAUUAGAUGUAGCAACAGAAACAGAUAAUUUUGCUAAUUCUUAAUAAUAUUUAUCUGGUUAACUGAGGUGGUGGACUUCAAUUUUUGAUAUGAUCAGUAGAGACUGUAUAAAUUGGAUUUUGUGUGACAUAAAUCUUUUUUGGGAGUAGGCUUAUCUGGGAGGGUGGAUAAUUUGAAUAUAAACAGGUAAUCUGAACCUCCUUUUUUAAAAAACAGUGAUGUUUGUUGAAAUUAUUGCCCUUGUAAAUUAAGCAUUUAGAAUCCAUUUUUGUAGUAAAGAUCAGUCUGUAUAAUUGAAGCUGUUGACAAAUUAACCUUUAGCCUGUUGGCGGCAAUUGAUUCUGCCUUUGCGACCAGUGUAGAUCAUGAUCAGCCUGCACGUCUGUGUAGUCUGAUCAUUAUCUGCACUGUUCACCAUUCAGUCAGUAUCUUUUUGGUAUGCACCCCUUUUAACAGUUAAUGGUACUGUCUAAAUUGAAAGAUGGACAAGUUUAUUAUAGAAAUUUAGCAGGGUAAGGGUUAAACAUGUAUAGAACUGUACAUGUUGUUGGAUGUUUUCUUUUCAAAAGACAAAAUUAUUGAACUGAAAAGAAGUUAAAACAUAUUCUUAAGAUAUAUUAUUAAUAACAUGCUAACACUUGUACUAUUGAUCAAAUAUUUUAUUCUGUUAUAUGGCUUGUUGGUGCAACACUAUUAACAUUAUGCUGGGCAAACUUUAUUCAGUUUAGUCUAUAUUUGAUUCUCUCAGGGGAUUUAUGAUUCACACUAUAUUAUGUUUUCAUGAAUUCACUUUGAAGGGAUAAAUAUUAUAAAACAGGGCCGUAUGCUGCAAGAUUUUGGUGUUUAUACAAUUUCUAUGUAUACUUAUGUAAUAAAAAUAUCAGCAAGA